GACAUUUGGUCCACUCGACCUACUCCAGUGCCGUGGAGGGCUACGUGGACCAAAAACAGAAGCCUUUGGCUGGGACCGGGGCCUUUGGCUGGGAUGAUGUGGUGGUACUGACCAGCACCGUGGCCAUUGGCUUUUCACUUGGCACUGGCAAGACUUAUCAAGACAUGCUCAAACUGCGCCUGAAAUUCUCUCCCCGAUUUUCGAAGACCAUCUCCUUUGCGGACUCCGAGUCCGUGGCCAGUUUCGUGGCACAGAAUGAGUUCUUCAACAACGAGGUGGCGCAGCGGAGUGGUUUGAGCGGUGUCUUCAUCGCGGUGGCGAACAAUGGCGCUUUCUUUCGCAGCGCUCAGUCGCGACGGGAGCUCAACUAUUGGUUGCCAGGGCUCAAUGCAGGCAUUCCCUUCGUGGCGAAAAAGGAUCCAAUCCAUGAGAUCACCUUCACGGCCCACGACUUCGGGCAUUUUCUCAUUCCAGAUUUGGUCUUCACUGGCAAUACCUCCAUCAAUGCCAGGUUUGCAGACAUGCUCUUUGUGGAGACCCUGCGGCUCUCCGGCUAUUCAUAUGAGUGGAGCAAGCGGAAGAUCCAUCCUUUGUUUCAAGAGACAGGUUUGAAGCCCUUUGACGGGGACCGGCAACACUUCUUCAGCGAAAUGCGGAAGCUGUUGGAAGCUAAUGUGGAGUACUGCCUGAUGGGAUCCACGAAGAAAUAUUUGGAGCUGAUCAAGCAACACAAGGGUGAGGCGGAAGAUUCCAGUCAAGUGCUUGAUGACUUCAAAGCCAAGUACAUGCCGUUCUUUGUGGAAGACUAUCGUUGGACUUCUGCAAAUUUCCAGAACAUGGCGCAGCGCGCAGAGGAGUACCAGCGCUGGUGGCAGAUUGCGGCGCCCGUGGUGCAGGCUGGACGUCUGGAUGGCAUGGACAGCGGCAUCGGUCACAUGGCAGUGGAGGUGGUGAUGGUACAAUGUUUGGAAACAGCAUCUCGGUUGAAAGCCUGGAGGCGGCUCUUCUGCCCGGUGGGCGGUUGCCCUUGUGCGGAUGCUAACUCCGCCCGUGGGUGGACCUCCGACAGCACCCUGCGAGCACAUGUAGAUGCUCAUUUGGCGGGCUCGCUCAGUGGUCAGGUUCCUUCGGCUUGGCUUCAAGAUCGCUCUUUGCAGCAGUGCUUGGUGUGCGGGUUGUCUGUGUCCACUCGCUUCGGCAUCCAUCCCACGUGCAGGCCUGCUGCUCGGGCUGUGGGCGGUGCGGUCGGGAGCGGCCCCAGGGACACUGACGGCCCUCUUCCGUCCUUAGCCGAGAUCCAGUGCAGCUACACGCCAACUCUGCGGCAUGUUCCCCCUAGCGCCCGCUAUGCUUGGGGGCAAGCACUGACUCGGGCAUGUGCGGCGGUGGCUGAAUACAACGAUGAGGCCGCUUGGGUUCAUUUACUUAUUAUGCUGCCCAAAUGUGUGCUAUGCAGCCCCCGCCGGGGUGGCCGGAAACAUCAGCGCACCGCAGCCGCCUUCACCAUCGAACGCCUCAAGCGUUGGAAUGAUGGCGAGCGGGCCUCUUUGUGGGCCAGUCGGCCUCAGCCGCAGCGGCCCCAUGGCCGUGACAUGACGGCGGAGCAGAAGCGGGACUUCGCCACCGGCCUUGCCAGAGAAGGCUUCGACAAGAAGGCCUGCACAGCCUUGCUUUCGCACGGUCUCUGCGACCACUCCCAGGCAACAGUUGCAGCCCUGCGCGCCCUCCACCCCACAUCUGCAGCACCAGUCGUCCCUGCGUUGGAGAGCUUGCCGUUGGCGCCCGGGUUCGAUGUCGAUGCGGUGACGCAAGCCCUUCGCCGCUUCCCUUCAGACACGGCGCCGGGGCCUAGUGGCCUCCGCGUGCAGCACGUCUUGGAUGCUGUGGGGCAUGGCGUCGGGCUCCUGGACCAGCUUACUGCGGUUGUGAACCUCCUGGCCCAAGGGCGGGCUUGUCCAAGCAUUGCUCCACUGCUCGCUGGUGCGGGGCUGGUGGCUUUGCCCAAGCCGUCUGGCGGUAUCCGCCCAAUAGCGGUAGGCGAGCUUCUUCGCCGCCUGACCGGCAAAUGCCUCAUGCAAGCGGUGCGGCCUGAGGCCCGGGACCACUUCUGGCCUGCCCAAGCAGGUGUUGCAGUGCCGGGCGGAGCUGAAGCUGCGGUCCAUGGCCUGCGAGCUUGUGUCAGCCGCCAUGCCGCUUCGCACGACUCGGUCGUGGUGAAGGUUGAUUUCCAGAACGCCUUCAACACUGUCAGCCGUGAUGUGGUCUUACAACAGGCCCGGGACAAGUUUCCCGCUCUGGCCCGCUGGAGCACGUGGUGCUACCAGCACGCCACCAACCUCCAGUUCGGAGACACGGUCCUCCAGUCCAACAGCGGAGUCCAGCAAGGGGAUCCCUUGGGACCCUUGCUCUUUGCGGCUGCUCUCCAUCCCCUGGCUGCAGCGCUUCGGACCACCGCCUUGGACUUUUCGGUGUUCUACUUGGACGAUGGGGUGCUGGCUGGGCCCAUUGAUGCGGUGACAGCUGCCCUGUCUCAACUUCAGCAGGCUGCUGGUCGAGUUGGCUUAGUGUUGAACUUGGGCAAGAGUGAGGCCAUCGCUGUGGGCAUGACGUCUGCCGCGGCCAUUGCGGCCAAGCUACCAUCCCAACUUGUGAGCACUUCCGAUGGCAACAAUCGCAUUCUCCGUGACUUUGAAUUUCUCGGGGCUGGCAUUGGUGGGCCCGAGUAUUUGCAAAGGCAUGCCACUGGUCGAGUUGAGGGUGCCCGCAAACUUUUGGAAGCCAUUGGUGCACUUGAAGAUCCACAGGUUGCCCUUCGGCUGCUGCGAGCUUCCGCUGGUUACGCGAGGCUCGUGCAUACCAUGCGGUGCAGCCCACCCGCUGGGCACGCUUCUGCGUGGCAACAAGCAAGCCGUGGCUUGGGCCAAGCCGGCCUGGGGCUCCGCUCCACUAAGGUCCAUGCGCCAGGUGCCUACCUUGCCUCAGUUGGCGCUUGUGCCCGACUCUGUGGUGAGCUUGAUGGCGGCUACUGGUUAGACCAUUCUGGAGAUGUGGCCGCCGCUUUGUCGGCACUCAACGCUUGCCUGGACCCAACUCAGCAGCUCACUGCCGCCGCUGCCUUGGGGCUCACGCAGAAGGACCUCAGCCGCAGAAUAGAUGGUGCUGGGUGGCAGGCCCAACUCCACGCAACUUCCGCUGUUGGCAAAGCCACGUUGUUGUCGGAGGCAACGCCUGGUGCUCGGGCCUUUCUGACCUGUGCGCCGUCCGGCCGCACACGCAUGGAGCCAGCGGUGUUCGUGGCUGAGAUCCGGGUCCGUCUGGGCAUUGCAGAAGCUGCUGCCGACACAUGGUGCCCCAAAUGCGAUGCCAUUCUGGACACGCAUGGGUACCAUGCUGGCAUGUGCAUGGCUGGUGGGGAGCGUACACUUCGCCACAACGCCCUUCGUGACCUGGUUCACAGUUGGGCCGAACGAGGAUGUCUUCGCCCUGAGCGUGAGAAGGCUGGCCUGCUUCUCCCACAACGACCUGAUGAUGCGGCCAGUGCCCGACGCCGCCCUGCGGAUGUGUUUCUCCCGUCCUUCCUUGGACGCCCAACUGCACUUGACUUUGCCGUCACGGCACCCCAGCGGUUGGACGCCCUUGGUGGUUCAGGAAACACUUCUGCUGCGGAGGCAUAUGGUGCUUACAAGCGCCGGCACCUGGACACAGCUGAUGCAUGCGCAGCCCAGCACGUGACCUUCCUCCCCAUGGUGAUUGAAACCACGGGCGCUUGGGCGCCGGAGGCGGCCCAAGCCUUGGCUCACAUCAGCCGCGCUGCUGGAGGCGGCGCAGGCGGGCCCACCUUGUUGCAGGAAACCUGCGUGCUGGUGCGUAGCUGGAGGGGCCGUGCUGCUCUGCGGCGCCGUGCUGAGCUCGAAACGCGCUUGAAGCCCGUCUUCGAUGGGGAUGGCUAUGCCAUGGAAGCUCCCCACGUUCGAUUGAAGAAUGCCUAUGCCACGUGGCGAUGUUGUGAGAUUUGUGAGGUGCGAUACCUCGUGGGGCAGAUGAUCAUUUUCGCUCGUUACGACUUCCUGGAAGAAAGCCAUCGCUACGCCGCCAAGCUGACGGACUUGGUGCGGCAACAGGUGGAGAACUUCACGGAGGCAACGGUGGAGACGGCACGAGGUCUCUAUGCGCAGUUCCUUCGUGUCCUGUUGCGGAAGUCCUUAAUCACGCCGGACGACUACGAGGUCUACCAGCAGAUCUGCCCUCUCUUCGACCCCGUCUAUGUCUUCUACGAUGAGCAGAAGGAUUUCUACACCCAGUUGGCUGAGGUUCAACAACAAAUUCUCGGUCUGAAAAAGACGGAUGUUUUCGAGAGAACAGCGAUGGUGGGUCAUUUCAAGGUGGAAGGGCACCUGGGCGGUUUUUGUCGGAUGACGUGUGCAUCCUGUGCGGCUUGGCAGAUCCUCUUGGGGAUGCCACUUGUGGGUGCCGUGGAGCGUGCGAUCACUGCCCUGGACGGGGUGAAGUCACUUGAUGGAAGGUCUGCGGAGAUCUCUUUGACCUUAAAACGUGCCGAGGCGAUGCCCUGGGGAACCCCGGGGUCCUUCAAGGGAGUCCCAAAGAAAAGCCAGGAGGACCAAUUGGGUGAUCUGGACCUUUCUAGUCUUGCUGAAGAGUUGGACCUCAAGAGUUUGGAUUCCAUCCCCUGUGAAGCCGCUACAGCUGGCGCUUCCCCCGAAGGCAGGUGUCUGGUCAUGGCUUCAGUGUUCUUCCAUGUUCUUCCUGAAGCGUUUUGGGACAAGGUGGUUCUUGAGGUUGAAGCCAUUGAGGAUGUUGGCUUCGAAGCAAGCGUCUUGAACGAGGUGGAGCGCAACGUCCGCGCAACGCGAUGUGUUGGCAAUGUCAAGCUGAUGACCCAGAGUAGUACCCAACUGCGAAAGGUGGGGGGUCUCAGUGGCUCCAAGGGCAUAGCCGAAACCUGGCCGAAACCUGGUCUUGGACAUUACAACGCCACGGCGACACCAGAGACAGGCGUUUCCGACAAUCCUCACGAUCAUCCAUGCUAUGCCCGGGGCAACAACAAAGCGCUUGAGGUCCGCGGUGUGGUGGUGAAGGAUGCCCAAAACGCUGCUCAGUUGAACGGGGCGGCGAUAAUCUGGGCGUCUCCUGAAGUAACGGCGCGCUUGUUAUACGAUCCGGUGAAGGCACUGACCGGUGGGUGCCAGGAACUUGCUGCAGAAGCUCGAGGGGGUGUCUUGGUGUGUCGUUACCAUGAAGAGGUCCUGGAAGAUCCCUCUGUGGCGACUCUGAGACGGAUGAAGCAGAUGCUGCUGCUGUCGCUGCCCCCUACGAUCAUGCCACCUGGCAAUUCUUUUGGGUUUUACUGCGGCAGCAUCUUUCACGAAGCCGCUUGGUCAGCGGCCUUGCACAAGGCCGGCGUCCCGUCCCGUAGUGACUGGAUUGGGCCAGGGGAAUUCAUCAUAUUCCCUAUAAAUCCUGUAGAUUCCACCUUUUAUGGAUGGUUGAUCAUGGAAAAUCCGAUUCAAAUGGAUGGUUAA